UUCCUCCUCACCUUCUUUCCUUCCAAAUGGAGUCCCUCCUCGCCGCCACCUCCCUCCCGGCGUUCGCGUUCUCGCCGUCGUCCCUCUCGUCGUCGCCCCACGUCGUACGGGCUCUCGCCGGUGCCGCCACGGCUCCCCGCGCAGUCUGCUGCGCCGCCGCCAAGGACUCGAUCCUGUACGCGCUGGAGCACGACGAGAUGUUCAACUCGGCGGAGGUGAUCCAGUGGGAGAGCGGCAAGUCCAUCAACUCCAUCGCCGCCGCGCAGGGCAUCCGCAUCCGCCGCCGCUGCCGCCCGCGCUACCCCUCCGAGGGCUCCGGCGCCGACAAGGCCGUGCCCCGCAACAUCCUCGAGCAGAUCAUCUGGGACAAAGAGGUCGAGGUGUCCCAGAGGAAGGCCAAGAAGCCACUGCAGAAGGUGAUCGAGUCGAGCCAGCACGCGCCGCCGGCCAGGGACUUCGUCGGGGCGCUGGCAGCAGCACGCCGCCGCAACGGCGCGCCGGCGCUCAUCGCCGAGGUGAAGAAGGCGUCGCCGAGCAAGGGCGUGCUCCGGGCGGACUUCAAUCCGGUUGAGAUCGCGCAAUCCUACGAGAAAAACGGCGCCGCUUGCCUCAGCAUCCUCACAGAUGAAAAGCACUUUCAGGGAAGCUUUGAGAAUCUCGAGAACGUGCGGAACUCCGGAGUAAAGUGUCCUCUCCUCUGCAAGGAGUUCGUCAUAGAUAUCUGGCAAAUAUAUUAUGCUCGGUCAAAGGGCGCCGAUGCAAUUCUGCUGAUUGCUGGUGUUCUGCCUGAUCUUGACAUCAAGUACAUGCUUCGCAUCUGUAAGAACCUCGGAAUGACGGCUCUGAUCGAGGUCCAUGAUGAAAGGGAGCUGGACCGCGUGCUCAAAAUAGAUGGCGUUCAGCUUAUCGGCAUCAAUAACAGAAGUCUAGAGACGUUUAAGGUUGAUAUUUCAAACACAAAGAUGCUGUUGGAGAAAUGUGGUGACAUCAUAAGGGAAAAAGGUAUUUUGGUUGUUGGUGAAUCUGGUCUUUUCACGCCUGAAGAUGUUGCAUAUGCGCAGAAUGCUGGUGUUUCUGCUAUUUUGGUCGGAGAAUCAUUGGUGAAACAGGAGAACCCCGGGCAAGCCAUUGCAGGGCUAUAUGGAAAGGAACUUUUGCACUGAUAAAUUGAGAUCUGUUGCAGUCAAUGUGUGUAGAGAUAUCUGCAGCGGAUAAAAGGCUUACGACUUAUUACAAGCCCCAAAUGUAAUUAUGAAUAAGAGCUAUGCUUGAUAUAAAUAUAAUUUUAUUUGUUCUCAUU